AUUUCUCUUCAGAGUCCAGACAGAAAAGGAUUUAAGAUUAAGAGGAGCUCUCUGCUUUACAUCGGAUACCAGUGAGUGAGAGAAUAUGGGGAGAGCUCCUUGCUGCGACAAAGCCAACGUGAAAAGAGGACCAUGGUCCCCUGAAGAAGACACAGCUCUCAAGAACUACGUCGAGAAGCACGGUACUGGUGGAAACUGGAUCGCUUUGCCCCAUAAAGCAGGCCUCAAACGUUGUGGUAAGAGCUGUCGACUGAGAUGGCUCAAUUAUCUGAGACCAGAUAUCAAACACGGAGGUUUUACUGAGGAGGAAGAUAACAUAAUAUGUAAUCUCUACAAAACCAUAGGGAGCAGGUGGUCUGUGAUAGCCUCCCAUCUACCAGGAAGAACAGACAAUGAUGUGAAGAAUUACUGGAACACCAAGUUGAAGAAGAAGAUGAUGGGAAAGAACACCCUCACAAGCACGAACAACAGCAGCAGCAGCAGUAUUUCCAUCAACGACAAUAUCCAAUUCAAUUCCACACCUUCUCAUCCUGUUUGUCCAACUAAAGCGGAAAUCGUCGAUUAUGACUUCUCAAGUUUUCUGAUCAACACCAACUCCGCAACACAGCCAUUGUCGACGGGAGGUGGGUAUGGACAGAAUGUCGGCUCUAACUCUAACAGACUAGUUUCAGACCCAACCCACUUCUCUCUCCCGGGACUGAUGGAACCGUCUGAAUUCGGCACAAGCACAAACAACAGUUACAGUGUUUCUUCGUCUCAGGAGUUUUCAGGCCUUUCAGUCUCAUCUUCUCUUGGUAUGGACAACAGUUAUGGCUCAUGGUCUGGUAAUGGUGGCGAUGGUGAUGAGAAUGGAUUCCUUAUGGAUUUAGGUUUCGGGGUCCCGUAUGAUCUUCUCAAUUUAUUUGGCUUUCAAGAGGAAAACAGUGAUGUACUGACUCCAAAUUUAGCCAAAUCUCCAUACACUCAUCUGUUGGCUAAUGUUUGUGAGACAAAACCACAAGGACUGUAUCAAAGUGUUACACACUACUAGUUAGACUGUGUCCUUGAAGUAAAAAAAAAAAAAAAAA